AUGCUGCUGCACAUGAGCGCGGAUUAUCAUCACGUGGUUGAUGACUGUGAAGAGGCGUGGGUCGCGUGGGCGCGUUUGAAGACGCUGUACGGCGGGUCGCAGAAGGCUGGACGCAUCUACUUGAAGCGCCAGCUGUUCAGCAUGGAGAUGGCGGAAGGCGGCAAUGUGAUGCAUCAUUGCAACGAAGUCCUCAACAUCAGCGCGAAGCUCAGCAGCAUCGGCGCCAAGAUGGAGGACGAGGACGUGGCGAUCUGCUUGUUGCGCAGCCUCCCCAAGAGCUACGAGAACGUCGUUCUCAACUUGGAGAUGAGCAGCGCGGAACUGCGAUCGCGAGACGUCGUGAGAGUGCUCACGAAUGAGCACAUCAAGAGACAAGGUGACAAGACGACAUCGGUGAAGACUGAAGACGCGGCGAAGGCGUUCAGUGCCAAGCGUGAACCUCGCCAGUGUACAUACUGCGGAAAAUUGGGGCACACGGCGGAGCGGUGCUGGACCAAGCAGAAGGACGAAAAUCAAGGUGGAGCUCGACGCGGCGGCAACAAUGCUCGUGGACGCGGAGCCAACAACGUUCAGUGGCGAACCAACAGCAACUACGAUGACAACUACGAUCGAGUUGCGUUCGCGGUUUCGCUGGAGGCUGGACUUUCGACGGGCAAGAAUAUGCCAGGGAUGUGGGCAGUCGACAGCGGUGCGACGCAUCACAUCUGCAACGACAAGGCCAAGUUUACAAGCCUGAAUGAGCGAGAGGAAGGCGAACUAUCAGUGGCUGAUGGCAGCAAGGCUGCGAUCAAGGGUGUGGGAACCAUCAUGGAACGGGUGGUUCUGCCCAAUGGUGACGAACUCGACAUCGAGAUCAAGGACGCACUGUUCGUACCAAGUAUGAGCAAGAAUCUGCUUUCGGUGCCACAGAUCAACAAGGGUGGCAGGUUCCAAGUCGUGUUCGAUGGAUCCAAGAUGCAAGUGAAGCGCAAGAAUUCCACACAAGUCGUGGCAACAGCGGAUCUCGUCGAUGGACUUUACUGGCUGCGGACUCCUCAACGAUCGGCAAAUGCAGCAACACGCAAUGGGACCAUCGACUUGCAUGCGCGCAUGGGUCAUGCACCCUCGAAGUUCUGCGCAAGAUGGUGGCCACUGGCAUGA